GUUCUUAUCUCCAAUUCACCAGCAAAACCUGGAAAUGGAGACUACCACGCCAUUACACCACCCAGAUCACAGGGGGGCUACCCAUUCACCCUGGGCCAGAAGCCCGGGUGCUCUCCCCUCCACUUCACCUCUGCCUGCAGCCUUCCUUGUGUUUCCAGACCUGUACUGGAAUGGGCUCCACACUGCUAUGGAUGGUUCUGCUGCUCUUCGUCACCUGUCAUGGGAAAUUUGCCUGGCUACACCUCAGAGUCCUGCCACAGCCCGUGUUUGAAGGAGACACACUGACUCUGAAGUGCGAAGGAAAGGAGAACAAAGCUGUGUCCCAAGUGAAGUUCUACAAAGAUGGGAAAGUCCUUGAUUCCUUUAAGACCAACAAGCCCCUCCCUAUGGGGACAGCGACCAUGACAAGCAGUGGCCAGUACAGCUGCACUGGGAAGGUGUUUGGCAUGCCUGAACCCACACAAACCUCAGAAAGGACCACAGUUCAAGUCCAAGAAUGGUUCCAGACUCCUGUGCUGAGCACCAUCCCCUCUCUGGAGCUCCAUGAGGGGAGCCAUUUGACCCUGAGAUGUGAGACCAAGACGCACCUCCAGAAGUCAGCCUCGGGGCUCCUCUUCUCUUUUUACAAGGAUGGCUACACCUUGCAAGACAGGGGCCACCACCCAGUACAUUGCAUCCCAAGAGUCAAGGAGGAAGAUUCUGGGAUAUACUGGUGUGAGGUAGCCACUGAGGGUAGCCAAGUUCAAAAACAGAGUUACUGCACGGAGGUCACAGUCCAGGGUUCUCAAGUCCUGUCCACACUCACCGUCAGCAACUCGUUGGUUGCCUGGUUACCUGGGAGUCUGCUUGGUGUAAUGUUAAUUGCUGCUGCACUUCUAGCAUAUUUCAGACCCUGGAGAAAAGCUGGGUCGCUUCCAUCCCAGAAUCAGUCCCCAGCUCCAGAUGAAGAGCAGUGCCCACUGCAUGGCAAUGCAUAUUACCAGCAUCAGAAAGAUGAGGAAGAUGAAGGUGUUAUCUACACAGAAGUGCAUACAACCCUGAAAAGGAACAAAGCCAGGCCCGCUGAGGAUUUCUCUUGGAGCCAAAAGGACGUUUCUAUUGUCUACACAGAGGUGAGAUGCCCACCGCUUGGGGAGAGUUCAGCAAGGAGUUCAGUCAAAGAAGUCAGACCUAUCAAGACAAAAUUCCUCAGAUGACUAUGAGAAUGUUCUCUACAAGUGAUGGCAUCUCAUUCCAACAUAUACCCACCUCCGGGCAUCUCCCUCCAACCCAUUCUGUGUGUCCUCCAGGUCCUGGCCCCAUCCCUGAGGAAGCCUCUGUUCUCUUAUGCUAGACAGAACUCUCAAACUGUGAGUUCUUAGCAAAAGACAAAGUAAUGAGGCGGGAAAGGACGGCCCCCAUCCCAUCCCACCCUCCCACUUGGAUUGCAACAGUACUGCCGAACAUAGAGCCUGAAGUCUUCUUUCCACAUAAAUAGGAAAGAUCAUUUCCCCUUUAAUAGAUAGAUAGAUGGAUAGAUAGCUAAUAGAUAACAUACAUCCAUAUACAUAUAUACAUAAAUAGCUGAUAGCAAUGCAGACAGGUAGAUGAUAGGUAGGGAGAGAGAGAGA